UGUAGGAUAUCAGGGAAGGAACAGGACACUGAAGCAAGAGGAGAAGAUAAGAUCUAUGUAGAAGGUGUUGGACAGAGAAGUGGUGGUUGUGGAUUGAGCCCAGGAGGCUGCCAUGGAGAGAGUGCAAGCCUCUAUGAGCUCCGGCCCCAGUGCACCUGCCCCUAGUAACCCCAUCAUCACUUCCAGCUCCAGCAGCACCAGCAACAACCAAGGGAUGACCAGUGCCAGCUCCAUUGUCAGUUCCAGUGUCAGUGCCAGCAGCAGACAGCAGACUCUACCACAGAUAUCAGUGUAUGGGGGAAUCCCUGACAGACAGACCGUACAGGUGAUCCAGCAGGCCCUACACAGGCAGCCCAGUACUGCAGCUCAGUACUUGCAACAGAUGUACGCAGCACAGCAGCAGCACCUAAUGCUGCAGACGGCCGCCCUCCAGCAACAGCACCUGAGUUUAGCUGCAGUGCAGCAGGCCAGCAUUGUAGCAGGCAGACAGAACUGCAGUCAGAGCGGAGCUGCAUCUCAGCACGCCUUAUCCUCUCAGACCACAAUCAAACUGGCCAGCUCUCCUGCAGCGGCAGCUCAGCUGAUCAACAGAGGCCAGGGGCCAAACACACCUCCGGUCAGCAUUACCCAGCAGGCUGUUCUCCUUGGGAACUCAUCCACCCCUACUCUCACCGCCAGCCAAGCACAGAUGUACCUGCGUGCACAGAUGGCACAGCAAAAUAGCCUUGUGCAAGUAGCUAGGAGCCUAGGCCGUGCUGUUCCUUUAUCCCCCCAGCUCAUACUCACUCCGACCGCCACAGUCGCUGCUGUCCAGCCUGAAGCCUCGUCGCAGUCCGUUAACCUCCAGUCCACCAGCCCACAGAUGCAGAACCUGGUGUUGUGUAGCCAGCAGGGGGCAGUGGCCUCCUCCUCCUCCUCCUCUUCCACCCCUCAGCCCCAACUACAUGGGCUCAAUGUGAGGCAUAGCAGUGGAGGAACAACUCAAAUAGCUCUUCCCAGCUUGCCUGUGCCCCAACUAAAGAGUCUCAGCUCUCAGGCUCAGGGACUGCAGGGAGCGAAGAACGGCCUGGCGGAUGCUUCAUCGGAGCCAGCGAAGAUGAGUGAUGGUGCCAAUGAGAUGAGUACACGUGUGAUCAGUAUGAGCCACAACAUGAGCACAACAACCAACCAUCCCCUCAUCAAUACUGCAUAUGCACAAAUUCAGACCCAUCAACUGCUCCAGCAACACAAGCAGCAGUUUGUGAUCCAGCAACAAUCCCAGUUGUCUCAGCCCAGUGUCCAGCCCCAAGGCCAAACCGUACAAACCGUGGCCAUCCAACCUGCUUUAGCAGGCCAACAGUGUGCCAUCCCUGUGCUGCCCAAACCACCCGCUCAGCAAGCCGCCAUCUUCCAUUCGACUGUGAGUCCUAGGAUGCUCAAUGGUCAGUCUCCCUUGUUAAAUCCCAGCAAAGUUAAACAGGUGCAGCUAACGGCCGUCAACCUCCAUUUCCAGCCUCCGCCAACUCAAACUGCAGUGUCAACACAUGAUAAUGCUGAUAAGGACAACGCUGUUCCUCCUACAGUAAGAGAUGACUGCCUUGGCCAAAGUGAGCAGCAGCUGCUAUCCCAACCAACGCAAGAAUCAUCCAGGCUUGAACAAUACUUGUAUGAUCACAGCCAGCUGACAGUGAAUGCAGAAGGCCCAGACACUGCAGUUCCUGUUCCUGCGGCUGCACUGGUGUGUGUGAAUGGUAACCCAGCCAUGACUUCGGGCAGCGGGAACAACGCGCCCACCGUGACUGGCAGCACCCCGCAUAAUGUCCACAGCAAAACCCCACAAGCCAUCGUUAAGCCUCAGAUCCUCACUCAUGUGAUCGAGGGCUUUGUUAUCCAGGAGGGAGCAGAGCCAUUUCCUGUGGAGCGGCCAUCGUUGCUUCUCGAGAACGUCAAAAAGCACAAACCGCAGCAGCAGUUUCACUCCGACGUGGAGAAGAAGGUUCAAGACUCUCACACAGCAGACUCGGAGAUGGAGGAUCUCUCACAGCAAGAGUUAAAGAGUAAUGAGAAGGAACCAACACUCUCUUGUGAACUGUGUGGGAAAGUUGACUUUGCUUACAACUUCAAGAGAUCAAAGCGGUUCUGUUCCACAGUAUGUGCAAAAAGAUAUAAUGUGGGAUGCACAAAGCGAAUGGGUCUCUUUCCAAGACGGCCAACUCCAGAGAACCCCAAGAAGCAUCGAGCCUCCAGUAACCAUCAUCACAACAUUAGUUCAGAGGCCAAAAAACAAAAUCCCAGCACUCAGACAAGCACAGUGGGCUCAGCGCCCUCCCCACGUCUCAAACAGCGGUGUCACGGAGAAUCCAGCCAGUGUUCAGAUAUGUCAAGUUAUGAAGAACCUCCAUCUCCCGUGUCCGUGGCCAGCUCUGGAGCUCGGAGGCUGCGAAAGGAAAGGGGAGUAGAUCAUGGUGAGAACCACCGCAGGGAACUGCCCCUCCUCAUGCAGCCCUUCAUGCUAAGUGACCCCGCCAAAUGGAAUGUGGAGGACGUUUAUGAGUUUAUCUGCUCACUACCAGGCUGCCAGGAGAUAGCUGAGGAGUUCCGUGCUCAGGAGAUCGACGGCCAGGCCUUGCUGCUACUGAAAGAAGACCAUCUCAUGAGCACUAUGAACAUCAAACUGGGGCCUGCACUGAAAAUCUUUGCCCACAUCAGUAUGCUCAAAGACUCCUAGCCUCUCCUUCAGGACUGAAUCCACCCUAAACUCCUGCACUGAUUUCUCUUCAUAUCCCAUUACGGUUAUGAAUCCAGUGGACUCGUGCUGUAGCUCAGAGCCCCAAAAGUUUAAAUCUGGACUUUUUUCCACAGCUUUCUAAGACGUGAGGAGGGAAUGUUUGGUUAGUCUAGUCAUGACCCCAUAGGGGAAUAAUCACUGGUGAAAUAAAAGCACAAAUAUCUGAUUUAAAUUAUGUUCACAAGUGGCUGAUCCUGAUUCCUGCCCACCAGGAAGAAGUUAAUAAAAUGCCUAAUUGCAAUAGGUUUACACUUCAUUUCAAGUUUACAUUUUAGAACUGGAUUUUUUUUUUUUUUAAACAUGCCAAGGACUUGUUCGGGUGCUAUGUGAAUUGUUUCUUUACAGAUAUGUUCUAAAGAUGAAGAUGACACUUGUAGUACCAAUCAGUGAAGAAAAGACAUCUGAAAGAAAGAUCAAACAUGACGUCUGUUCAUUGCUUAUAUUUAUACUGACCGUGCUGGGGUUAGGAGAACUGUGAUUACAAGAGGGUGUGUAAUUUUUUUUUUUUUUUUUGGGGGGGAUGAUCAUCAAUACGUGCCUGCCUGUUCCUAUCUGUCCCAAAGACUCAAAUUUCAACCCAUUUGCAUCAGCCAUGCAACAUUUCAGCAUACAGACGGACAUAUCUAGUUACUCAACGAGCAAAUCUGUUUCACAGCAUGCACCAGUCAGGAUACUGGAUCUGAUAUUUUCUGCUUGUGUUUUAAAAAUUAAUGUCUUUGCAAAGCUGUUAGUAUUUGUAAUUUUCACCUGAUCAAUAUUUUAUUUAUUAUGAGGAAGUGUGGGUGAUAGUUUUGUAUUUGGGAAGAAUUAAAUUUUCAGUAUUG